GAUCGUUAAUGCAACGCAACCCAAAACCAUGGUUAAAAAUCUAACUGCGGUAAUGCUGCUUCGACUCUAUCCUCUCUCUCCUCUCUCUUUCUAAACAUUGAUACAUUUUGUUCUCCCGUCUUCGCUUCUCUGUACAACUUCCGAUCGCCGGUUCACUCCAUUUCUCCUCCUUCCCCUUCUUAUCCUCCUUCUAGUCUUUCUUCUUCGUCUUCUUCUGUUUUGUCGCUCUCCGACCUUCUCAAUUCUCACCGGAUCGCCGGAAGAUAGCCGGAUGGCAGUAACUGACGCUCUGCGCUCGAUGAAGCUCGCUUGGCUGCUGAUCUGCUGUUGAAUCUCGCUCUCCUUUGUGCUUUUGGAGUUUCUUACUUGUUGAACAACUGUAGAAGAUAUACUUCUUUUGUGGGAAAUUUUAUUGGUCAUACAUUGUUUGUCACCUGUAUUACUGAAUAAAGAGGCAGAAAAUCUUAUCUGGCAAUGGCUUCGAGAUCUUGUGCAAACCUUUUGGACUUGGCUUCAGGUGACCUUCAUGACAUUCCUCCAACUCCUAGGACUCUUCCAAGGGUAAUGACUUUUCCAGGAAUCAUUUCUGAGCUGGAUGGUUAUGGCAGUAUUGAUGAGGAUUCAGAUGUUUGUCGUGAGCGGAUCAUUAUAGUGGCAAAUGUGCUACCUUUGCAUGCCCAAAGGGAUGCAGAAACUGCGAAGUGGCACUUCAAUUUGGAUGAGGACGCACUUCUAUUACAAUUACAGGAUGGUGUUUCACCUGAAACUGAAGUUAUUUACGUGGGGUCUCUCAAUGCUGAAAUAGAUGCCAGUGAACAGGAAGAGGUUGCCCAGAUGCUGCUGGAGGAUUUCAAUUGUGUGCCAACAUUUCUGCCCUAUGAACUUCAAAAGAAGUUCUAUCACGGGUUUUGUAAGAAGCAAUUGUGGCCUCUUUUUCAUUACAUGCUGCCCAUGUGUCCAGACCAUGGUGAUCGUUUUGACCGUUUGCUGUGGCAGGCAUAUGUUUCUGCAAAUAAAAUUUUUGCUGAUAAGGUUAUGGGGGUGAUCAAUCGUGAGGAUGAUUAUGUUUGGAUUCAUGAUUAUCAUCUAAUGGUUUUACCUACAUUUCUAAGGAACCGUUUCAAUCGUAUGAAGAUUGGAUUCUUCCUCCACAGCCCUUUCCCUUCCUCAGAAAUAUACCGAACGCUGCCAGUUAGAGAUGAAAUUCUGAGGGGAUUGCUAAAUUGUGAUUUAAUUGGUUUUCAUACAUUUGACUAUGCUCGACACUUCCUGUCAUGUUGCAGUAGAAUGCUGGGCCUUGACUAUGAAUCUAAGCGGGGACAUAUUGGACUUGACUACUUCGGUCGCACUGUUUACGUUAAAAUUCUGCCAGUGGGCGUUCAUAUGGGUCGGCUUGAAUCUGUAUUGAAUCUUCCCUGUACAUCCAUCAAAGUCAAGGAAAUUCAAGAAAAGUUCAAGGGGAAAAAGUUGAUCCUUGGUAUUGAUGACAUGGACAUAUUUAAGGGCAUCAGUCUGAAACUGUUGGCCAUGGAACAGCUCUUGGAGCAGCAGCAGGAAUUGCAAGGGAAGAUUGUCCUGGUUCAAAUUGUGAAUCCUGCAAGGAGCUCAGGGAAGGAUGUCCAAGAGGCAAAGAGGGAGACAUAUGUAACUGCCCAGAGGAUAAAUGAGACAUAUGGUUCUCCUAGUUACAAGCCAGUAGUCCUGAUUGAUCGUCCUGUUGCUCGUUACGAGAAGACUGCAUAUUAUGCUGUGGCUGAAUGUUGCAUAGUAAAUGCUGUGAGGGAUGGAAUGAACUUGGUACCUUACAAGUAUGUUGUAUGCAGGCAGGGAACCCUGUCUAUGAAUGAAGCUGCCAAAAUGGAUUCUCCUUGUACAAGCAUGCUUGUUGUAUCGGAGUUCAUAGGUUGCUCCCCUUCUUUAAGUGGAGCAAUUAGAGUUAAUCCUUGGGACAUUGAUGCUGUGGCUGAUGCCUUGAAUUUGGCCAUCACCAUGCCUGACUCUGAGAAGCAAUUGCGGCACGAAAAACACUAUCGGUAUGUUAGCUCGCAUGAUGUGGCUUAUUGGGCUCGCAGCUUUGUCCAGGAUUUGGAGAGAGCAUGUAAAGAUCAUUAUAGUAAACGGUGCUGGGGAAUUGGUUUGGGCUUGGGUUUCAGAGUUGUUUCACUUUCUCCGAGUUUUAGGAAAUUGUCUAAUGACCAUAUUGUCUCAGCAUACAAAAGGACAAAUAGGAGAGCAAUAUUUCUGGAUUAUGAUGGUACUGUUGUGUCCCAAACUUCGAUUAUCAAAACCCCAAGCCCUGAAGUUAUCUCUGUUCUGAAUACACUCUGCAAUGAUUCCAAGAAUACUGUAUUUAUUGUUAGUGGGAGGGGUAGAGAUUCUCUGAGUCAGUGGCUCGCCCCGUGUGAGAUGCUGGGAAUAGCUGCCGAACAUGGUUUCUUCAUUAGGUGGAAUAAAACGUCCGACUGGGAAUCCAGUACCUUGGCCUCUGAUCUUGAUUGGAAGAAAAUUGUGGAACCUGUGAUGAGAUUAUAUACAGAGGCAACUGAUGGUUCCAACAUAGAGAUUAAAGAGAGUGCUCUAGUAUGGCACCAUCAAGAUGCAGACCCUGAUUUUGGUUCCUGCCAAAGCAAGGAACUGUUGGAUCAUCUGGAAAAUGUACUUGCAAAUGAACCAGCUGUUGUUAAGAGGGGCCAUCACAUUGUUGAAGUCAAACCACAAGGAAUAAGCAAAGGGUUGGUUGCUGAGAAGGUUCUAUCAGAAAUGUUUAAUAGUGGGAAGCCACCAGAUUUUGUGUUGUGCAUUGGGGAUGAUAGAUCCGAUGAAGACAUGUUUGAGAGCAUAUUGAGCAGAAUGUCUUCUCCUGCUCUGCCAGCAACUCCAGAGAUAUUUGCCUGCACAGUAGGGCAAAAGCCGAGCAAAGCUAAGUAUUAUCUUGAUGAUACUGGUGAAAUUGUGAGAUUGCUUCAAGGCCUUGCGACUGCUUCAGUUCCAAAGCUUAUUAAUACAACUCAUACUCAGGUUUCCUUCGAAAGUAUUAUUUGAGAUGAAUGGAGUGGCAAAUCUGGGGGGGCAGAUUACCACCGUAUAAUGCUGGAAGCAUUGCUUUGCAGCAAGGAAUUCCCUGAGACAACACAGGAAGAAGUUUUGGUUAUUAAACUUCGCUCUGCUUCAUGAUGGGGGGCCGUCUUGGUGCAUUGCUCCUGAGAUGGAUCACUUGGCUAGAAAGCUACAAUAGUGGGAUGGUAUGGGGACAUGAUCAAGAGCCUGAAAAUUGAUGACAUAAUCCCUGGUGCAACUGAGAAGCAUCUUUUUUUGGGGAAUUUACUUCAUCAAGGUUUGCGGCUGCAAUAUUUUACUCUGGAUGUUAUUGGUAGGCAACCAUUGAUUUUUUGUACAAAAACGCUUUUUUGUUUUUCUUGCUCAUACAUAGUGUCAGUUUGAUUUAAAUUUCUUUCUUCAUCUGUAUUAACAGCCAAGCUGAAUUAUAGCCAUUGUCAUCUGGAUUAUUAUGGCUGGAGUACCUGGUUUUGGCGAGUUUUGCACACCUACCUCCAGCCCUUAACGUCAUUAUUUUCAGUGGAAUGAUCAAAUUAUAAAUGCCUAGGGUUUUCAGAA